AUGACCAGCACUAGGAAGCCGAUGAAGGUUGUGAUAAUCAACACCCAUUACGUAGAAACUGAUGCAACCAGCUUCAAAUCUGUCGUGCAAAAGCUGACCGGCAAAGAUUCCACGUUAGCGAAUGAUCAGCAAGAGUCAGAGAGCAGGAUUUUCAGAGAAAGAAUUUUGAUGACAGCAGAUUCGACGACGUCCUUCAAGGAGUUUGAUAGAUUGCUUAGGGAGAUGCCGCCAUUAAUACAUGAGCUAUGGGAAUGA